AUGGUACUACAACCACGUCUGGUUAUUGCGAAAGAAUCAUGCGAUUCCGCUGUGAUGCAUUGGAAAUCUAAUGAGAUCUCGUUACGUGACAGUGUCAAAAGUCUGCCACAAAAGAUCAACAAUAUAAGGGCUCAGAUGAAUGAAAAGUUCAAUAAACUUUUGCAAGACGUCGAGAAAGAUAGCACUGCAUUCGUAAAACUUCAGUUAAUCAAAGGGAACGAGAACAUUUCAAAAUGCGACGGCUUGGCUAUGCGGUUCCUGACAUCCUUGAAGUUCCUAGAUGAAGUAAGUAUUCAUGGUACACCUGAGCAAAAGUUCAUAGCUGUGCAUGAAUUGAAUAAACAGGUAAAACUCGCACAGAAAGAAGUCGAGCAUGAAUGUGAUCAGCUUGAAACUGUUGACAUAUCAUUGAAAAUGAAUGAAACAUCGGCACCAAAGGACAUAAUAGAAGACAAGAAUCGACUCGGAGCUCUGAAAAUACAGACAAAUAAAGUAACAAUUGAUCAUGUCCGAGGACAAAGACCAGUCAAUCUAAAACUUGCCAAAAUCAUCUAUCUUACAAAGUCCGAAAAUGAUAAACAUGAACCUCUUUUAAAUGGGGUUGAUUUCCUUCCUGGUGGGCGAUUGAUCGCAAUAGAUAACAUGAACGACGAAUUACUGGUUUUCGACGAUUGUUUGGAGAAAACUGGUUCUAUAGAUUUGUCUUACCAUCCACUAAGUGUUGUUGCCGUAUCUGAAGAUACAGUAGCUAUUACAUCUGCUACAGGUGGGAACCAUCAGGUAGAAUUGCUAUAUGUCAGUGAAUCGAGUACACUUGUUAACAUAAAAACGUACAAAGUAAAUGGAAGAUACAAUUCAGCAUGCCUAAAAGACGACAAUAACCUUGUUAUUGGAACUUUUGAUGCCAUCAAAUUAGCACGUAUUCUGUCACUGUCAGGAGAAGAAAAAGACUUUAGUGUAAAUUUUCAUUCAAAACCUUAUCACCCUGAUACAGUAUCAUGUACAUAUAUAAAGGAACUCGAUAAAGUGAUAAUCAGUGAUCUAGACGAGAAUUUGUUGUACAUAUAUGACGUCGCUACCAACACAAGAGUCAUCGUCAGGGACAGUAAAAUCGACGGACCUACGGGUGUUGCUGUCGGGCCAAUGAACUCUGUAUUUGUCUGCUGUCAAAACACUAAUUCUGUCGUACAGAUUUCUCCGACUGGUGUGAUCUUAUCAUCACAUAUGUUAGACAUGAGGUUUCCAUUUUCGAUUUGUAUUUCGAAAGAUAAAACCAAACUUGCAGUAUCAAAUAGGCGCAAAGAGAAGAGAACACUGCAGGUUUUCAAGAUAAACUAG